CUAUUGUACUCUUCCUGGUUUAUCUCUUUAAGUGCGGACGAUGUUCUAGCUGCACUCUACCAACCGUUACCAGGCCUUUAACUAUUAACCCAGAACGCCGACGUAAGUUACCCCACGCUGUAACUCUGUGAUGCAAAGCCAUAGAAUCGCUAAUUGUUUUGAAAAAGAGCGUUCCUGCUUGGGGUCCGUUUCCAAGAGGACGACUGCUUGUCCCUUGCGACUGAACAGCAGCGUCCUCCGCCAUCCAGCCCAUACCAAAUUAGUACGCUUUAGGAAUUCAAAAUGCCUAGCGGCCAACGACAACAGCGACGAAGGGACCGCAAAGCCUUCCCAGCCGGGGCUGCCAUCACCAUCCGGCUCAUCAUCACCAGCUCCAAACGAUGAUAACUUCGCGAGGGUGUGGAAGCCGCCUCCAGGGGAGCCUCCCUUGUGGUGGGUGGAGAAGUUCGAGGCCAGGCGCAAAGCGGAAGCCGAACGUAAGGCGGAGGACCCGGCAUACAUGACAACCCAGGAGCGCGUGGCCCCCGCUGCUGCCUCAGGAGGCAACCCCGUGCUGCGCUUCUUCGCAACUGUCUUGCAGUUCCUGCAGCUGCUCCUGGUGCUGGGGCUGCUGCUGCUCCUGCCCGCCGCCAUGCACGACGGCGGCCUCUCCCUCGCCAAACCCUACACCACCUUCGCCGCCUACCUCCUCUUCUUCGGCGCUGGCAGCGUGUUUCGUGUCGUACGACACGGGAAGCUAACGCCGCGGAAGCAAGACCGGCAGGUAGCUUCCUGGGCCGGUCGCUUGGCUUUCGCGGCAUUCGUACUUGUCGUACCGCUACUGCACAUGUAUGGCAUGUACCGCUAUGUGGGCCUUGCGUUGUACACCGAUCGCAUCCCGACCUGUACGACACUGUACGAUAUUGUUGGCGGCGUUGGCAUGUUGGUUGCAACGGUUUUGAACGCGGUUGCAGCGUCGGAAUUAGGGGCAUCGUACGACAGGGUAGCAGCGCCGCCGGCGUUGGUUACCAGCGGGCCGUACAGCUAUAUGCAACACCCGAUAUACACGUCGUAUAUGUUGUUGUUCUUUUCGGUUGGGAUGUGGUUGCAUUCGGCGCCAACGGCAAUUGCGAUGCUCCUGGUGUGCGCGCUGUACUACCGCGGUCGUACUGCGCUUGAGGCGCGGGUGCUUGAGGAGGCGUUUGGGGGCCACUACCGGGAAUAUGCGCAACGGACAAGGAAGUACCUGCCGUUCCUGCUGUGACGCGCAAGGCAGUGCCGUUAGUCCUCUAUGAUGCGGUCGUGGGGCAUACGAGAGGGAAAGAUGGAUGACAGAACAGGGUAGUGCAACAAGGAGCGUAAUGUUAUUGGUGUUGAGGGUGGAAGAGGCCGGGUUCAGGAAGCCCGUGACCCUGCUUUUGAAGGUGCACACGUGGUCGUCCACCAACAAGGCAUAGCUGUAGGAGCAUGCAGACGAGGCUUUUAGCAUUGCGCGUUACCCUUUGCUUGGGGUGGAAGAUUGGACAAAGUGGUCAGGGAGUGUUAAGCACGCAGCAACGCCGGCUGCCCAGAGUUGCGCUAUGCCAGAUUGAUUGUACGACGGUUUCGUUACCCAAUCCGUUUCUAGAACGUGUGCGGCCAGUGCCAGCCUUGCAACUUAUGACAAAACGUGCGUUUAAUUACUUUCAAUUACGACAAGUGGGUUACGGAUGCAUUCUAACUCUCUCUGCCCGCAUCGCCAGGCCUUGCGACAGGCCCGGCCUUUCACGGCCCGGCCGCUUCGGCAAUGUAGGCUUCUGGUAACCAAUAGCCAAGCUGGCGGUGAUAUUCGCGGCUCGAAAAUGGAGAAAGGGAUGUUUGGCGAAAACUUUGGCGCUCGCGACCCAUUCGCCGGGGAGCUCGCUACAAACUUUGGCGAAAGUGUGCUGGGCAACUUUAACACAGAGCACAUCAUUAAGCCGCCCGACAACAUUCGCCGUGUCUUGGGCCUCUCAGCUCGAAGCUGCCGCGCCAACGCCAGCAGCCUAAAGCUGCUCAGCGCAGAGGACUCCGAGUUGCUACGUAACCAGGUUCCCGGCUGGCGUAUGGCUGCUGCUAGCCCAUCCGGAGGUCCGGUCUGCAUCCAGCAGACGUGGAGGCUGCGAGAUGAGACGGCUGCGGAGGAGAUGGCAGGCCGGGUUCGCAGGGUUGCAGAGGAGGAGGGGCACGGCGACAGCCUGACCCUGCGGCGGGUGGGCUCGGAGGUGGUGGCCGAGCUCUGCACGGCGUCGCUGGGCGGGCUCACGGAGAACGAUUUUAUCGUUGCCUCCAAGAUCAACGACCUCAACAUCGCUGACCUGCUGCCCAAGCGCAAGCCGCGCUUCUGGGCCUAAGUGAAGCGAUGUGGAGAGAGACCCGCGGUACCUUGCGGGACGGGAGCUUGAGGAGGGCUGCAGCUGAGUUGUCGCCGUGAUAGAACCAUACCCAUACCCAUCCCCAAGGCAAGCCUACCGGUGGUGCGGCUGAGGAGGAACCGAGGUGGAACACGAUGACCGAGGCCGUAGGGAGACCGGAGGGUCAACAUGGGGUGUGUCGUGUUUCGUGGAUCAUGUAGGGAGUAUA